CAUCUUUCACGGCAUGGGAGCCGUUUAAUAACUUGAUCAAAGAAACCGUACCAGCUUAUACGUAUGCACCUAUGAAAAAUGAGAGUGAAUUACGCAAGUGUGAAUUGAAAUCUAGGUAUAAAAAUAAAAACUCAUGUUUUGAUGAAGAUGUAGUAAAUAAAGUAAAUGAAUUCAUUCGAGGAUAUAAAUCUAAUGAAACAAAUUUUUUAUUCAUUCAUUUAACUGAUUGUGACGAGCGUGGUUACGAUUAUAGAUAUGACCAUGGUGGUGUAAAUCAAAUUAAAGAUGAUAGAACUACAAUUGGUGUUCAUGGUGGAAAUAGUGAAGAUGAAAUGAAUAUAUUUUUAUCUGUUUGUGGUCCUGGAAUAUUAGCUGCUUCAAAAAUUGAAGGGGAUUUAAGCAAUUUG